GACCACGAAUUACAAGGGUCCCGUGAUGUCUCCCAAAGGCCCCCAUGGCUGGAUUCUCAGCCUCCUGCUCCUCGUAACAGUGGCCUGUCUGGUGCAGCACUGCGAAGGCUCGGCGUACCAAGGCUUCCUGAAAAGGCACCUGGACAACCCCAAAUCAGACUUCGGCAACAGCAACAACUACUGCUACCAGAUGAUGCGUCGCAAAGGGCUGAGAUGCCAGCGGGGCAACACGUUCAUCCACACCAGCGAAGCGCUGCUGAAGUCACUGGUCUGCACUUCGAGAGGGCGGGUCCUGCAGGGCAACGUGACCAGCAAAACCAUGUUCCCCCUCACCAUCUGCAAGAUAAAGAGACGCCUGCGCAAGUUGUGGUGCCGGUACAAGGGGAAGACCGCAAUCAAGAGGAUCCGGGUCACCUGCGACAAAGGCCUGCCUGUCCACUUCAUCUCCCACGUGUAGCCCCACCCCCACCUCAGGAAAGGCGGCAGCUCCCUUCGGAGGGAUCUCAUUUCUUCGGCAGUGCUUCUUCAGCUAGGUGCUCCGUGGCGCUGCAUCUCUCACGCCCAAAGCUGGCUGUAACGCUGUGUGAAGUAUUAUCUGCACCUUUCAAUAUAAGGCUUCUGAUAAACAGCUUCUGAUAUCUCCUGGCAUCCUCUGUACACGGUGCUAGGUCCUUUUCAAAGGUGUCGUUGCUUCUCAUCCUAUUCCCGCUUCCGUGCUGUCCCACACUAUACAAUAAAACCAUUUGUUAUCAUUAA